AUGACCUCGGCAGCGACUCAUGCCCUCCCUGCUGGUACAGGCACUUACCCUCCGAUAGAAAUAAAUGCAGAGCGACAGAUACGAGUCCUCUCUCUGGCGCCCUCGAUGUCGAUCGACAGACAUCCCGCAAUAUAUGGCGAGCUAUCUAUUGUUGAUCUCCCUACUUCCUCGUCUUCUCGGCACGGAAGUGGAAGCAGUUCUGUCCUCGACUUCGACGCACUGUCUUACGCCUGGGGCUCGAAGGUCGGACAAGUUCCUAUAUACUUGAACGGCAGCAAGGGGCAUAUUUUGGUCACCAUGAAUCCCUAUUUUGCCUUGAGAUCACUUCGGUUCAGGAAGUGGCCCAGGGACAUAUGGAUCGAUCAGAUAUGCAUCAACCAGGCAAAUAUGCAGGAACGCAAUCGGCAAAUUAGGCUUAUGGAAACAAUCUACCGCUCGGCAUCUCAAGUGGUUGUAUGGCUAGGGUACGGUCGAGGUGGAAAGCUUUCAUAUAGCAGAGAAGACGACCUCCAAGUCCUCAUGAAGGAGACCUCGCAUUCUUGGUGGGAGCGAACAUGGAUUGUACAAGAAGUUGCCCUUGCCAGAAGAGAUCCUUUGGUAAUGUUCGACUACCACAUCUCCGACUGGCAGUGGCUGGUCAGUGGUGGGAGGUACGCUCGCAAAGACGUAUUGGCCUCAUCCGCACAUUCGUUUCGGGAAGGGCACUUCCACUCCGCAAGUGACAAAACUUUCCUUUCAGUUUUAGGCACAGUGCGACGGACGACAUCCACAGAUCCCCGAGACAAAGUGUACGCUGUUCUCAGUCUCGUAGACUCGUCUAUUCGGUCAUAUAUCAGGCCCGAUUACAGCAAGUCCGUCGCCGAAGUCUUUGCAGAGGCUACGCACGCAUCGAUUGCCGCAAGCGGAACGUUGGACCUUUUACUGUUCUCUUGCAAGUCCAUCACAGGGAAGGAGAGAUUGCCGCCGGUACCUUCGUGGGCUUUCGACUUUGGUGCAGAAGACGUGCGCUUUUGGAGCAAGUGUUCAACGCCCGUCGUUUCGCGAUUCAAGCCGCACUCCGAGGUGCUGAACUGCCGUCCUUUUGGAUACACAAGUAGAAUGCUCGACAGGAUAGAACCCACGCCAUGGGAAACGACGAGGUUGCCUUUAGAGGGUCUCAACAUCGUGGACACAGAGGAAGAUGGACGUACGAAAGCUCCUCUGACGUUCUCCUGCUGGACUGAUGCAAUUGCACACCUCACCUUCAACUUUCCCUACGAGGCCCUCCUGAAUCCGAACAAACCCACCACUGCCCAUGCGGCUGUGCUCAAAUGUCUUCGUCAGUUCUUCUCCGAAGCUCCAGACUCUCGCCACGCCAUAUGUCAGCUUUUCGACGAAUGGCACAGUGUCCUCCGCAGCCGACACAACCUCGAGCCUCCACAACCAGACCAAAAGCCACUCGAUCUCGAACGCUGGCUUCAGUACUUGCAGCUCUCCAUCUUCAUUACAAAGUCCGGGUUUGUGGGUUUCGGGCAUUCGUCCUCGUAUAUUGAGCCUCAGAUCUUUUCACCAAAUGGAGGCCUCGCGCCCGUGGUUUGGGCAGCUCCUACGCAUUCGCAGCGAAUCAUGGACUACCAAGGCAGCAAGACGUGGCAGCUUUGCGGCUUUGCGCAUGUUAACGGGAUCAUGGGAGGGGAGUUGCAGGCUCCCGGGAUGGCCGAGAGAAUAGACGAGGUUGAUGUUGUACUGGUCUGA